AUGUGCAGCGCUCUUUAAUAAAACUGUUAACUUGAAGAGAAAUAUUUCUGUAGCAUAAGUUUACCUUCUUCAUAGUAAUUUAUAAUCUAUGCAUUACUUGCUUUGUUUAUGGAAAUCUGUUUCGUAAUGUUUUGGUUGUGAAAAUUGAAAUGAACGUAGCUAGAAUUUAAAAUUGGUUCAGAAUUUGUUGAAUAUCUAAUUUCAAACAUUUUCCAAAGAAGAAAAGUCAUACAAGCAUCCUUGUACCUUGUUAUUGAAACUGGUUUAAAAAUAAAUUUGAAGAGUCAUGGCUAGCGAUGAAAAUAGUAAAGAGACUAAAACCUGUUCAGAUCAGAACCUAGACAAUUCUUCUGUGGUGACACAAAAAGUAGAGGUAUCAAAAAACAACAUUGAAGAAUGUUUUAAAGUUCCUGAUACUGGAGGUGGUGGAGAAGAUGUUUCAUCAGAUAUGGAACUUGGUUCUGAAAGUUCUUUACAAGGUGGUGCAUGUGGUUCUAUGGAUGAGACACCAGUUGGAUCAUUUGAAGAGGAGCCUAAAGAACUUGUAGAUUUUAAGUUAAUAUUUAAUAAACAGAAAUUUGAUAUUUGUUUCCCUUUGGAUGAAUCCAUACUGGCAUUAAAGAAACAUUUUGAAACUUUGAUAAGUGUUCCUGCCUCUAUGCAAAAAGUAAUGUAUAAAGGACUUUGCAAAGAUGAAAAACUUUUAAGGGAAGUUGGUGUUACGAAAGGAGCUAAAGUUAUGGUUGUUGGUUCUACACUCAAUGAUAUUAUUGCUGUAAAUACUCCUGCAGAUCAAGAUGUAAAAGAAGAAAAAGCUUCAGUUGCUGCCAAAGAGCCUCUCUGCAAGCAAAAGAUGCAUAAAAAAAUUAUUGAUCGAGGAGUUCCCGAAGAUACUUUACCUGGCAUUAAAAAUGUGAAAGAUAGUCUCCCUCCUCAUCCAUUGGCUGGCAUGUUAAACAAAUCAGGGGGUAAAGUACGAUUAACAUUUAAACUAGAGGUUGAUCAAGUCUGGAUUGGAACUAAGGAACGAACUGAUAAGAUUCCUAUGAAUUCAAUUAAGCAUAUCAUUAGUGAACCCAUUGAAGGUCAUGAAGAAUACCACAUAAUGGGAAUCCAAUUAGGUACAACUGAAGCAUCAAGAUACUGGCUGUACUGGGUGCCUGCACAGUAUGUUGAUGCCAUCAAAGAUGCCAUCCUUGGCAAAUGGCAAUACUUCUGACAAUUUAGAAUUCUUAACAAAUUUUUACAAAAAAACCUAACUUUUUACACUGUGGAUUUAGUUUUGAAUGUUUUCUCUUUUUCUUUUUGUACAAAAAUACCUAUUUACAAUUACCAUGUAAAUUGUUAAAUAAAAAUUAUUGAAAAGAUUAUUGAUAAAAGUUAUUAUUU